AUGACCAAGGAUGAAGUGCUAGAAUGGUUUCAACGCCGACUCAACCGUCCACCUGAAGUAUUUGAUGUCUAUCAGGUGGCCAAAGACUUUUACCAACUUGGUGCAUAUUCACGAGCAUUAAUAUGCCUUCAGCAAUACGUGACUCUUCCAGGAGCAGCUCUUGCGGGACGACACCUUCUUGGUUACUGUUAUCUCAAUCUAGGAGAGCCCGAACAUGCACUGCGAGAGUUUAAGAAAUGUGUUAAAGAGGGAUAUAAUGAUGACUGGCAGCUUGUUGUUGAGCUUAUAAUGGAAGUGGAGGCAAAACGACGAGAGACUAUUGAUGCUUGA